CACAUGUGACCAGAGAGGGUCAGUGGGGGGGCGGGCUGUCGGACGCCGGGUAGCUUUCCAGCUUUAGCUAGUCAAAUGCAAAACCUGCCGUGGAGUAAUAUCUGUCACGUUGUUCAUUUUUUACCACGGAGAGUGAGGCUCGACGGACAAAGACACCGGCAGCCAUGUCGUACUGCAAGCAAGAGGGUAAAGAUCGCAUCAUCUUUGUGACCAAGGAGGACCACGAAGCGCCCAGCAACGCUGAGCUCAUUGCCGAUGACCCCAAUGAUCCAUAUGAAGAACAAGGUCUGAUCCUGCCUAAUGGAGACAUCAACUGGAACUGCCCAUGCCUGGGGGGCAUGGCCAGUGGACCAUGUGGUUCUCAGUUCAAGGAGGCUUUUUCCUGCUUUCACUACAGCAAGGAGGAGGUGAAGGGCUCGGAGUGUAUCGACAACUUCCGUAACAUGCAAGAGUGCAUGCAGAGGUACCCUGAGCUCUAUCCCCAGGAGGAAGAUAAAGAAAGCUCCCAAGCAGAGGCCAGCUCUAGUUCUGUCUCCGCCGCCCCGACUGAGGGCUCUGCCUUACCCCCUGAAACUGACUCUACCCCAGCGACUUCAACAUCCGACAGCACAUCGCUCAUAGACAAUCAGACUGCCAGCUAAGGUCCAUCUGUUGCUACCCAGGGUACUCUGUGUGCAAGCACUGCCCAGCAUAACUGACUCUCCAUGAGCAGCUGUGAUUGGUCUUUCCUCCUGUUUAAGUCUACAGAGAGGACUUACUGAAAUAGCUCUGAUGCUCAUGGGCAGAAUUUACAGGCCAUCAGAGAAGGACUUUGUGACUAAAGAGAAACAUACCGUUAUGUAUAAAAGUAUAGGCUACUUUGUUUUGCUGAGAACUCAAAAGUCAUUGAAUAAAGAAUAUGAUUUAAUGACAGCAGGCCAAGCUAUUUGCUGCAGGGACAAUAGUUGAAAGACUCACUUUAUAUGCAAUUGGAAUUUAAUUUGCUGUGUCAUGUCAGUCAGAAGAGCUUGUUUGUUAGUGUUCAUUAUGUCUGUUGUCUUGUUCAUUAAGUAAGGAAUGUCACUUAGCGCUGAUUUAUCACUAAUCAUUGAAUGGAUGGAUGGAUUAAAUUUGUCAGUAAUAUUAACAGUAAUCACUAGAUUAUUUUUAUUCAAGCAAUGAUCAGCUUUUCUAAGGAAUUUAACCUCCACUCAAGACAGUUUUGACACUCAACUUAAGUUAGUCCCUUUGCUUUCCAUCACGUGAGAGACCAAAACACAGGUAAUUGGUAAGAAAACAAAUACUACUGUUUCAGCUGUUCAGUGACCAUAAAAUUGAUAUUAAGAGAUGUUUUUAGCAGUUUGUUGACAUCUUGUAAAAACUUCAGGGUCUCCAUCUGUUGCUGUAUGAGCUCUGGUCAUCAUAUUUGUCAAUUGACACUGUAUCUGGCCUAGGCCAAAGUUGCUUGUCACAUUUAACUGUCACUGCAUAAAUGUUUUUGUUGUCUUAACACUGUCUAGAUGUUUCCAUUUGGAUGCGUUAGUUGCCAUUCAUUAAAAUUCAGGCCUUAAAAGACUAUGGGUUUUUCUCAAAUGUCCACAUUAAAAUGAUCGUCAAACAAUUUCAA